UGAUUGAUUUGUUUUGAAUAUUUUGAACUGUUGUAAUUGACAUAGAAACUUAGAAAGUUUGUUGUCAAAGAGCUUCUUUAUUCUUGUCAGCUUAGGACUUUUAAAAUUCUGUUUUCAGCAGUGUUAUUGUUUCAAGUUCAUAAACAAGUGUUUCAAUUUCAUAUUGUUAUUUAAACUAGAACUACAGAGCUUUAUCCUGACGAGUAUUGUUACAAUGGAAAAUAACUCUACUUAUUUUUACUUCUCUUACGGGAGUAACAUGUUGAAAGAAAGAAUCCAAAUAAAUGACCCUAAUGCUAAGCCGUAUGCUGCUGCCAGAUUAGAUGAUUUUCGGCUAGAAUUUAACUACAGAAGUCUUCGGUGGAUGGGAGCAGUUGCUACAAUUGUAGAAACCCAUGGCUGUCAUUUGUGGGGUGUUGUCUGGAUUAAAAAUAAUGAUACUAUCACAUCAUUAGAUGAUCAAGAAGGUGUUCAUCAAGGAAUAUACAAACCUUUAACUGUAAAGGUCACUACAGUUAAUGGAGAAACUUUAAACUGCCGUUGCUACCAACAAAUUUGUGAAUGGGAAGUAGACAGAAGACCAUCUGUGGUUUAUAAGAAUAUUAUGAUUAAGGGAGCUAAAGAAAAUGGUGUUCCUGAAGAUUACAUAAAAAACAACUUGGAAAAUAUUGAAGACAAUGGCUAUAAUGGUGAAGUGCAAGUGAAAAUGGAUUUAUUGCAAAAAAAUUAAUCUGCUUUAAUAGAUUAAUCCAUGAAUUGCACGAAUCGUAAUGCACGGACUGCAUGAAUUUUUUACCUUCAGUGCAUAAUUGUACAACAGCAUAGCUCGAAAACAAAAAGUGCAAAUCUUUUUAACAUCAAACAUGGAAUUAAAAAUUAGUAUAUUGUAGAUUAAAUUAAUUGGUGAAUGUGCAAAAUUUGUGUUGAAUACACAAAUAAUUAACCUAAC